AGACAGACAGACAUUUACAAUUGCAAUGGGGGUCGCGGCAAGAUCGUUUUUAUUAUUUCCUGCCAGAGAAAGCAAUUAGAUAGCGUAUACAUUCCGAAUGAUUAAUCUUUUAAUUAUUGUGAAUGAUACCGAACACCUGUAGAUAAUGCAAUGCCCGGAACAAUUGAUAAACGAUAUAACAUACAGUCGAAAGCAACAGAAGUUUCUGUGUUCUUUUGUUUAAACAAAUUCGACGUGUCUUAUGGACGGUAAUUCAUAACAGAGUGUGCAUAUAGAUUCCUUUAAAUAAUUAUAACUCGUGUAUAAACCUUGAAGAGUUUGAAGGUUCUUGCAAGUUGUCUCAUUAUCCUUAUCUACAUAUAAUAUGUGAUUGCAGAUCGAAUCAUUUUUUUUUUUUUUAUAAAAUGACAUAAUUAUAGCGUCAAUAUGGAAAAUCGAUGCCGAUAGCCAAAAUAUUAAUAAUUAAAAAUAUUGGGUUAAAGUAUCUUGCUUUUUAGUAGAGGCAUGCCAAUUCUAGUUGCAGCAUAAGUAACCGCCAAUUAUUCGAGUGUUACGCGAUAAGAAUAUAUUUCUUAUCAGUUAAACAUCGAUUGCGACUACUUUAUACUAGUAUUCUCUAGUGCUCGCUCUCGAAAGGUCGAUUUCUUCUUAGUUUCUAGAGUUAGAAAAAUCAGUGCUAUUCUAAAAUGCUGUUUCUCUUCAUUUGAAGAUUCACAAGUGCAUCAACAAGUUUGUAUGCAGUUAAAGAGAUACGACAGCGUCGAGGCAUUACGACUGAAAUGUGGCCUUCUAGCCGAGUGGAUACAGGCGGCACGUCACGUUGUCGUUCACACCGGUGCUGGUAUCAGCACUGCUGCGGGCAUUCCGGAUUUUCGAGGUACAAAUGGAGUAUGGACAUUGGAACAAAAAGGUUUAAAGCCUACCAUGAACAUUUCCUUUGAUGAAGCAAUUCCUACAAAGACACAUAUGUCAUUGAAAAAAUUAAUAGAUGCUAAAAAAGUUAAAUUUAUCAUAAGUCAGAACAUUGAUGGUUUGCACCUUCGGUCUGGAGUGCAGAGACAGCACCUUGCAGAGUUACACGGUAACAUGUUUACUGAACAAUGUGAUAAAUGUGGAAGGCAAUUUAUUCGAAAUUUCGCUACUAAAAGCGUGGGCAAGAAGUCUCUUGACACUGUGUGUAGAUCUGAGCAAAUUGGUGGUCGUCCAUGCCGUGGACGCAUGCACGACACUAUCCUCGAUUGGGAGCAUAAUUUACCAGACAGUGAUCUAACAUUAUCUGAUUUACAUUCUAGUGUGGCGGAUUUAAGUAUAUGUCUUGGAACGACGCUUCAAAUUAUACCAAGCGGUAAUUUACCUCUGUACACGAAAAAGUAUGGUGGUCGUCUCGUCAUAUGUAAUCUGCAACCAACAAAGCAUGAUAAAAAGGCAGAUUUAAUAAUCAAUGGUAACGUUGAUGAAAUAAUGAUCAGUGUGAUGAAAAAGUUAGGGCUAGAGAUCCCUGAAUACGAAAGUACAAUGGAUCCGACACGCAAUUCUGACACAACGUCCAAGGAAAUGGAUUGGACGAUACCGACCAGCAGAAUAAAAGAGAUGAACGUGCUUUAUAAGAAAGUAUGCAAGCCGAUGAGAAGAAAACGAAAAACGUUUAUGUACGAAAGAGACAGAACGGAUGCGAAACGGGAGACUAAGACGAAGAAGCAGGCGUUCAUGAUGAAGCAAGAUAUAAAAACAGAGGAUACGUUAGACACCUCAAACAUGGUUUGCAAUAACGCUGUAGUCAGCGAUAAUAUGAGUAGCAAUGCGGUGAAAAUCGAAGAUGAAAUAAAAGACGUGGAACCAUUUGAUUUUUCGACGAACGACAUGAUACAACCGGAUCCUGGUUUGCCAAUGAACGACAUACUGUAGCAUGAUAUGAUCUUACAGUGAUCUAACGACCUAAUACUCCUAUUAAUCUCAGUCUCUGUUAAAUUUAUUUAUGAGUGCAUAUAGAAUGGAUGUUAUCUGUAUGUGAAGAAUGCCUAAAGUGCUAUUGAUUUGUUUAUACAAAAACACAAAAAAAAGGCAAAGAAAAAAAAAGAAAAAUUGAAACGUAAGAUAAGUUUAUCAACCGGUAAAUUGCUUUUAUCGUCAAGUCAGAAAGCGUUGCAAUACGUGUACAUACAUAUGUGUAGUAGUACUUUCAUAAUCGCUUCCAUGUUUUGUCUGCUUUUUCAUUACUUAUACGUAGUUCUUAUUCCGAAAGGGAUUAAUGUGUAUCAUAUUUCUAAGCAUACACAUAUAUUGCAUGCCCCAUAUUUUUUCCCCCUACUACGAUGCACUAACAUUAAGUACUUAAGAUGAUUUGUUUAGGAUCGUUUUUAACGUGUUGACAGGAAGAUUUUAUAGUAGCGACGCGUCGAUCACGAGAAAGUUCAGAGAAGAGCGUGAGUUAAUGUCUUAUGUUCGAAUGUAUUUUAUUAAUCAUUUUUAAUCAUUGGCGUAACUAAGCGGAAAGCGGAACGAGCUAGAGAAAAAUCUUAGUUACGUCAGUGUCUAUACUCUUAGUGUUUUUCUCGAUACAUGACCAAGUCUUCUAUAUAAAAAUGUUUGUAACUCACGAAGCGAUUAAGGAAGAUAUAUUAUGAGGAUGUUUUAACGCAUCAGAAUAGUGGAUACUCGUUGCUACUUUGAACGUUUAUGAUUGAAAUCUUUAAUAGGACGCUCCAUACGAGCGAGUCGGUGUUGUUUGAUCAUCUAAUAGUUAAGUGUCUCUCGUUAAACGCACACGUUUGUAUAAUCGUGAAAGAACAAAGAAGUGUCAUUAACGGAUGUUGAAAUGAACAAUGGGACCGUAAGGUUUUAUCCUUGACAAUAUGUAUCCCAAAGCGAAAGUGCAAAAGUUGAGGAAGAAAAGAAAAGAAAAGAAAAAAAAAAAUGAAUUAAAUAUAAAAUGUAAGCAAGUCUUUCUUAUAUCGGCAUUCAACGCUAUUUUGUCGAUAGCGUUUUUAAUGUAGAACGCAGUUUAGCGAAAUGUGUAAUAUUUAUAUGUAAAUAGCGCAAUAUAUGCUUGGUUGCUCUUAAUAAUUUAUUACUUUAAUUGAUAUCAUUUACUGGACGUUACUAUUAGUAAAAUAUAUUAUAUAGUAUUUGACAGGAAAUAAAAUCGUGGAAAGGA